AUGAGAAGAGAAGAUAAGACAAACACUUGUUUCUACUGUCUUAACAUAAUAAAAGAAAGAUGUACUUAUAUUAAUAAUUUAUGGAGGACUUAUAAAAUGUGCAUAUCAUGUAAAAACAACUUAAAGAGUUGUAUUUGCUGUGAGAAGAAAAUUAUGAAUAAUAAUAAUAUUUCAUCUCUUACAUCUUGUUGUGGAUCGAGCAGGGGAAAAUUAUGUGAGGAAUGUCGUAGCAUUCCUUUAAUUUGUUGUAACAAAAAUGUUGUAAAUAUAAUAGGAGAUAUUCUAUGCUUUCUUGAUUUAUAUCUACAUAUUAAUAUAUCCCAAGAAUUUAUUACAUUCCAAAACAUUUAUACUUUUAAUAAAAUACAAUAUAAUGAAAAAAAUCAUAUUUAUACAUUUCAACUUAAUCAUAUGAAAUAUAAUAAGAUAGAAACGUCUACAUAUAUUACGCUUAACCAUAGGGAAAAGAACAAUAUGAAGGGGGGGAAAAAAAAAAUGGGAAAUAUGAAAUAUAAUAUAAAUAAUAAAAGAAAAAAAAAAAGAACGAACUUUUAUUUAUUGCAUAAAAAUGAUGAAUCCCAAAUAAAAGAUAAUGUAACAAUUUCUCCGAAAAUGAAAAUGAAAAUGAAAAUGAAAAUAAAAAUAAAAAAUGUAAAAAAGGUACAUAAAGUAGAAAAAACAAAUCAAACAAAUCAAACAAAUUUUAUAAAUCAUAUGAAUCAAACAAAUCAAACAAAUUUUAUAAAUCAUAUGAAUCAAACAAAUCAAACAAAUCAAACAAAUCAAACAAAUCAAACAAAUUUUAUAAAUCAUAUGAAUCAAACAAAUCAAACAAAUCAAACAAAUCAAACAAAUCAAACAAAUCAAACAAAUCAAACAAAUCAUAUGAAUCAUAUAAAUAAACCAGACAAUAUCAAUAUUAACAACAUAACAACAAAUAAUAAUCAAAGAAAAUAUUUUUCUUCUUUUUUUAAAUCAUUUAAAUCGUUAUAUACAAAAAAAAGAAACAAUAUAUAUAUAUCAUUCAAUAAAGAUAAAAACAGAUUAAUUCCUUCAAUCAAUAUAAUAGAAGCAGAAAAAAAUGAUAUCAUAAAAAACGAUAAUAUUAAUAAUGUUAAUAAUAUACAAGAAACAUUUUUGAUAAACAAUAAUAUAAAAAAAAAUAAAGAAAUGAUGAAUAAAACAAAUAUUUCUAAACAAACAAAUAUAUCAAAUAAUAAUCACAAAAAGUAUGAUACAUUUAAUAAUAAUAUACCUAUUCAUAAUACAUCCAGAAUCUCCAGAUUCUAUACCAACACAUCGGCAGCAUUCUUUGACUAUAUUAAAAAAAUAAAGAAACAACAACAAAAAUAUAAAAAAAAUAUAAAAAGAAACAAAAAAGAUAAAGACAACGAAAAAAUAGAAACAAAAAAGAAAAAAAGAAAGUUCAUAUUCUAUGAAAAUAUUUUAUUAUCUAUGUAUGAAAAAAGGAAUGAACAAAAAAUAAAAGAUAAUGAAAAAAAUAAUUUGCCAAAUAAAAGAAACAUGGAUAAAUAUAAAUUAAAUUUAGUUUUAUAUUUUAUGGAUAAACAAAAUUUUAAUGGAGUAUAUAGAAGAUUAUUACAAAAUGAGUUAAAAUAUUGUGAUAUAAUAUAUCUUAAUUAUAUAAUAAAAAAAAAAUGUCUCAAUAAAUAUGGAAAUGACAAAUCUAAUGAGUAUAUAUAUAAUAAGAAUACACAUGGUAGUAAUACACAUAGUAAUAAUACACAUGGUAAUAAUACACAUAGUAAUAAUACACAUGGUAAUAAUACACAUAGUAAUAAUACAUAUAGUAAUAAUACACAUAGUAAUAAUACAUAUAGUAAUAAUACACAUGGUAAUAAUACACAUAGUAAUAAUACACAUGGUAGUAAUAUAUAUAAUAAUUAUAACACAUAUGAUGAUAAUAUUUGCGAAAAAACUGUUUCCUCCUGCGGAUGUGUUACCGUGUCAGGAAAAAAAUUAUUUAAAUUACAUGAACAAAAUAAACGUAUACACAAUUAUAAAUAUAAAAACAUAAAUUUGAAGUAUCUAAACAUUUCUAAUGAAAAUAUUAAAUUGAUUGAUAAUGUUUCUUUAACCAGUGUCAUACCGAAGAUUUCUUUUUAUUUUUAUCUUGCCCAUGAAUUAAUGCACGCUUAUAUAUGGCUCACCAAAAUGGAAAAGUCACAUAAUUAUAAACAUAUAUAUAUGAUAGUAGAGAAAUUAUAUAAUAAUAAUUAUUUUGAAGUACAAAAUGAAAUGCAUUACAAUGAUUAUCAUAAUAAUUCCUCUUUCUAUAUAUCAAGAGAAUUAGAAGAAGCAUUAUGUAUAUAUGUUUCGAUUAAAUUUUUAAAAUAUAUACAAACGGAUCCAUAUUAUAAUAUACAAAAAUCUUUUUAUGAAAAACAGCUCAUACAAUAUUAUAUUAAAAAAUAUGAACAAAGCACAUCGUCCAUGUAUGGUUCAAAUUAUAGAUUCUUAAAAAAAAUUUUGAAAAAUUAUCAAAUAAUACAUAUCUUACAUAUUAUUAAUGACAUUUAUUUUUCUAAAUUUUAUCCUAUUGUAACUCUUAAUCUCUUACAAGCAGUAAUAUCUUUCAUAGAUUUUAAAAUAUGA